ACUAGAAACAGAAUAUAGAGUAAAGAUCAGGAUGGAUCAAAAGGGGGAGAAGCAUUUUGUCCUGGUUCAUGGAGCUUGUCAUGGUGCUUGGUGCUGGUACAAGUUAGCAACAUUGCUAAGAUCAGCGGGCCACAAAGUGACUGUGCCUGACUUAGCAGCUUCGGGAGCCAACCCGAAGAAGGUACAAGAGGUCAACUCCUUCUCGGUCUACUUGGAACCGCUGAUGGAGUUCAUGGCUUCUCUAUUGGCGGAUGAGAAGGUUGUUUUGGUCGGGCACAGCAUGGGGGGAGUUGCCUUGUCGGUCGCCAUGGAGAGGUUUCCUGAAAAAGUCUCUGUCGCGGUUUUUACCACUGCUUUCAUGCUCAAUCCAGACCUUAACCUCCUAACCAUUUCUGAAAAGGUGGAGAAGAACAUUGAUUCUAACAUGGACAGCCAAGUAAUGUUCGAUGAUGGGUUGGAUAAAAGACCCACAUCAUUCCUCUUUGGCCCCAAGAUGUUGGAGUCCAAGGUGUAUCAACUCUCACCACCUGAGGAUCUGACUCUUGCAAGUAUGCUGGUGAGACCACAUCCUACAAAUACAGACCCGAAUUCACUGGAAGAAACUAAAGUUACAAAAGAAAGGUUUGGUUCAGUACGUCGAGUUUAUGUUGUGGCUGACCAAGAUAUUAUACUUCCCGAAGGGAUCCAGAGGUGGAUGAUUGAAUUGAAUCCACCAGAUGAGGUGAAGGUGAUUAAUGGUUCAGAUCACAUGAUAAUGCUGUGCAAGCCCACUGAGCUUUGCUCUUGCCUUGAGGAGAUCACUCAGAAGUACUGCUGAUGUCUCUGUAAAAGUUUUAUUGCAUCGUGAAUUUUUUCAUGGCUGCAACAUUUUAGAUUUGAAGUUAACUGAAAGACUUGAUGAGAAUAAGUAUAACUAGUGGAAUUAGGCCACAAGAACCUUGAAAGGGGCCUCAUUUCGUCUUAAGCUUAGUUGAAAUGAUAUACUAUUGUUCACCUGAUGUUUUUACGA